AUCAAGAAGAAGAAGCCGGUGUCAAGUUAAACAAACAAGUUGACCCGCCGCGUUAAGGAAAGUUACACGAUGUCUGACGAUAAAGGAGUUACUGAGCAACCCAGCUAUGACCUAUCGAAUUUCAAGAUAUCAGAAAUUCUACUGAAUAACACACGGAGCAAGACGAUUACAUUGCUGGGAAUAUUCCCAGAUUUGUCAGAUGAAGAUAAAGCCAUAGUCGUCCUGGAGAAAAGCGCAUUUGGAUCUGACUCUACGGAAGACUCCGUCGGAGGCUACUUUUCACAAAAAACCUCAUAUAAAGCUGAAUUCAUCAAUAAUAUUUACGGGAAUUUCGAAGGCCUGCCACCCAAAGAGAUCAAUAAAGUCAAAAUCACUGUGAUUUAUCCCGCCACUGAAAAACACAUCGAUAAGUACUCCAUACGUGACAAACAUUUGGUGCUAGAAACGCCGAUUUUAUAUGAAAACGUGACGGAGCCCUAUCUUAAGUCCACUCAGUUUAGUUUAGAUUGGGUUUAUAAUAUAUUAGAACAUAAGAAGGAAAAAGAGCGAAUAGUUUUCGAGGACCAGGAUCCUCAGACUGGAUUUAUCCUGAUUCCAGAUUUGAAGUGGGAUGGACACUCCAUUGAGACGCUUUACCUACUGGCGAUUGUGCACGAUCGGAAUAUAAAAUCUCUCAGAGAUUUGACUGACAAGCAUAUUCCUCUACUGACGAAUAUCCGAGAUGAAGGAUUGAAAGCAAUCGAGAAUAAGUACAACAUAAAGCAAGACCAAGUACGAGUGUAUGUUCACUACCAGCCGUCGUUUUAUCAUUUCCACGUUCAUUUCAAUCCGCUGAACAAUGAUGUUCCUGGAAUGUCAUGCGAUAAGUCCCAUAUGCUGGACACAAUCAUAAAUAAUAUAACUUUGAUGCCCGAUUACUAUCAGAAGGCGACUUUGCCCUUCGUUUUGCACGACAGUGCUUUAUUCGAAAAAUUUCAGGAGCAAGAGAUGCGGAGAGUAAAGCCGCGUUUAAGCUGUGAUUCGAAUUAAGAAAUAAAACAGAUUCUAGCAGACUA